UUUACAUAGGAAACACACUCUUACUUACUUAAAUUGCACAACAAAUCCGUUUAUUUUAGGUGUUAAGUCUGUGGAUAAGCGCGAUGGAGCUGGGGCACACAAUUGGGGAUCUGCAAAGCAGGAUAUUGAAGAACUGAAAUCAGCCACUGUAGCUCCUGUUGUAGACAAAGAAGACUCUGCAAAUGAACAGUCUGGCGAACCUACUAAUACUUUGGAAGAAGAUGAGUCAAAGCUAAUGACUCUUGAUGAAUGGAAGGCUCUUAAGGAUCAGCGUGCUAAGCCUAAUUUCAAUUUGCGGAAAGCUGGUGAAGGCGUCGAUAAUUCAGAAUGGAAAAAAAUGACUGUCUUAAACAAAAAAAAGACAACAGAUAUUGAAGAUGAGUUAGAGUACGACCCAUCAAUGUAUCCCCAGCGCGUUGGUCGUAUACAACGUAUUGUAGACAUACAGUUUAAUUUUAAUGAUGGGCGAAAAUCUGGCUUUCGGAAAGGACCACGAGCACCAGCGCGCGGUGGUCAUCGGGAAGAAUCGGUGCUCAACGCUGGAUUCGAAAAAAUUCCGUCAUAUAAAUCUGCAAAACAACAACGCAGUGGAUCAAAAAAUUUAAAAGUGGAUGAUGAAAGUCAAUUUCCAACUCUUUCUUGAAACUCAAAUCAAGCAAAUCCAAUUUUA